AUGGACCCUUCGAAGAGAGACCGAUCCUCCAACCGCCUCUCGUCGCUCUUCUCGCUCUCUAGUUCUGGCUCCGAGCCGGCAUUCAGUCUAGAUGAUGGGAAAUCUGAGUCCUCCUCGUCUCGAAGGUCCGCGCGCCUAUCGCUCUCUCCCAGUAGGAGGACGAGUCCGAAGCGAUUGAGCAAAGCUGCCCACGAGCGAGUGCCCUCCGGUCAGCUGCUCUCGCCCGUCGCAUAUCCCUCUCCAUCACCAAGACGUGGGCAAAUCAAUCCCGUCGAUCCGGCGCAGACCGGCGCCGCUCUCCCUCCGCCAAAUAACGAUGCCUUCUAUCGGGACGAGUCGCCUGUUCGAUCGCGGCCUGGCAGCCGGCCACCAAGUAGACCUCUGACCCCUACGCUUGACCUUCCGCGACACGAUAGCAGGAACAUGGGGCCGCCCGUAUCAUACAACAACCAGAGUCAAGCAAAGCCAAAGCGUCGAAGCUGGUUUGGCGGAGGCUCGCGGGACAAGCAUGGUCCUCAGGAACACGCCCCCUUAGCCUGGGUGAUCGGACACGAGACGAAGCUGCCGUACAACCUGUCGUUGUUGUUAGGUGCAGAGAAGGUGCCAGAACUCUGGGACGAGCAUGGUGACACGUUCGUUUAUCUCUUCCCCCGGACAUCGGGCAAGGGACCCUCCUUCUGCAUCGACCGCUCACACAUCAACGCUUCGCCCGUAAUGACGAGAUUAGCGUAUGGCAGCGUCUAUAGUCAACCUGCGCCACAGUCUAGCGUUUGGAAGCAACAACCGCUAGAUCAUAUGAUGGACAACCUGUCUGUUGCCAUUCCUACGCCUCCUAGGUCGCCGGUGAGUAUGGCAGAUACGGAAAGCCUCGGCGACUCGAAAGGCUCCCGACCAAUGAGUGACGGGUUGGAACCAGGCCCAGCCGAGACUCACCUGUACCUCCCAUUGAAGCUGAGCACUGACGGGGCUUUGCCAUCGGACCGCGGUGCGGAACCAAGAGCCACGCCGGAAGAUGUUGAUACCCUAAUUUCAAUACGCAAUCUUUUCGCUUUUCUUGUUGGACAAUCACUGGUAGCGACGGAGAAGCGCUCCAGUGUCUUUUCCAUUUUCAUGAACAUCUCAGAACAUCUUAAUGCCUACGGUUUUACAAACCUAGACCGCUCGACCUUUGGCGAAGUGGCAUCUAUCAGCUUCGAUAAUUACGUCGACGAGCUGCAGUUGGCGGAUGUCAGAGGCAGUCGCGAGAAGACCAUCGAAGGUAUAGUGCUUGGCGAGCGCAUGCGGUCGACCGUGUUGUACAACGAGGCCUUUGUACAUGGAGUGGGUAAAUACGAGGAGCUCACGAACCUGAACAGCCCGAAAUUCCAACUCAUCAGCCCCAUUACCCGAAACCGUAUGGAGAGGGCUUCAAUGGAUCUGUACAUUCGCCUGAAGAAUAUUAAUAGCCGGUUGGAGGAUUUUGACUUUCCUGCUAUAUUUGCGGGUAUCAUGAACAGCAAGACGGCGGACGAGCGCAAGAUGGUUCGCUUCAGUGCGUGGAAAGCAUCCUUCAUGUCGACCAGAAAAUGGCUCAUGGGUUAUUACAAGCACAAGUACGGGUCCUGGCCACCAAAGGCGAGCUCAAAGAAAAACGAUCUUGAGACUAGCGGCCUGAAUCGCCUAGUGCUCAAAGAUCUGUAUCACGACUUCGCUCAUCUCUACGACCUGCUUGUUGACCGCACGUCCUUGACCACCCGGACGGUCGAUGCGGCUUCCGCAGAUGACGGUGCCGACGACACCGAGGACGUAGUAGCCCGAGCCCUUCGCAGGGUGCUAAGCGAAUACGACCGCAGCUCUCCGCCAGUGCUGCCGCCCAUCCCGUUCGACAUACCAGUACUGCCGACUCUUCCAUCCACCAAGAAAGACCCGUACGGCAGGGACGUGAAGCCGGACGCCAGAGCGCGCCAGAAGAAGCUCAAAGACGACCAAGUCCAGAACAUACUCGGCGAUUCCUACAAUCCGGACAGUGAAAUCUCGACGCCCUUUAUCGACGCAUUCCUAAUGCUCGAGCGCAAAGACGGUCAUGGCGCCACCAUCGAGCAGCUCAUUGACAACCGCUGCGGGCAGUGGAUCUUCAUGUACGCGGUGCUCCAAGCCCUGCCUUACGUUGUGGUCGACGCGCCAGGCAUCAAGUGGACGAAAGGUGUCGAGUACUUUCUGUGCGAGCCACCUCGUUCCAGUCUCCCGUGGGCGCGUGAAGAUACAGGCGUCCAGCGCAGCUGGUACGGCAUAGCGGGCAGUAGCGGCGUCGUGAGCCUGCCCUCCGACGUCGUUGAGCACGGCGUAGAGGGCAUCUAUCGCCGCUCCCACUGCUGGGAGAUGGCGGAGAAAUGGAGCGCUGCCGAUCCCCUGCUGGCGGCGGCGGCGGCAGAGACGUUGCAUAAUGCGCUCCCACCGCCGGGUGUGUUCCAGGAAGAGGGGUCAAGGCCAGCUUCGCCGACACGAAGCAAGAGGGAGAGUGUCAUGAUGCUGGGUCUGGAGCAUCUGCCUUUGCCGGCGGGCGUUGCGCCCAUUGCGCCCAGUCCGAAGCUCAGGCCUGCAAGCAGUACAGAUGCGUCGAAGACAUUUGAUGCGAUUCUAGGGACAUCGGCGCCGCCGCCACCGCAGAAGGGGAAGAAGAAGAAAUGA